CCAAUUCAGCGCUCCCAGCCAGUUGCGCGCAGAACGCACAGAAGGCUGGGUCGUAGAAUCCCGACUGUGGAGUUUGCUCUGUGAACAGAAUACAUAUGGAGAAGGUCAUGUGUGGCUGUAAGGUACAAUUUCACGAUUUUAUGAUGUGAUUUUAUGAUGUAAAGAGCGCGUUCCACGGAUUUCAGAUAUAACACUGGACACUAUUCGAACCGCCGAGACUCGUCCUGGUGAAUUUAUGGAUUUGUUGUGCAUGGCAUGAAAGGACAGCGGAACUCACAGAACCUUUAAGUUUUAUCUUGUACAGGACAAAUGCGCGCAUUGCCUGAGAAAAUGGUUUGUUUCGGACUGACACAACGUGUGCGGCGCACAUCAGCGCCUCGUAGCGCAUAGAUCACCGGUCACCUGUUGCAGUUGUCCGAUGCGCGGAGAGUUGUUUUUCACGUUUUGCUUUCAAAGGCGAUGAUCAACUUGAACAGCACUGUAACAAAUGCCCGAUCCGUCCUCCGGUCUGUAUGAUGCACUGAUUCCCCGUUAUGUUGUAGGAUGAGCGCUGAUCUGGAGCGCGUUUCGCUCAAUACAUCGGUGAACUCGGCCGGCUCGGCGGGCCGUGCGCUCUCGGCAAACGUCCGGCGGCUCCACAACGCUCUCAACCUGCUGCUCAGCGACCUGGAGAGAGAGCAGUUCAUCCACUGUCUCAAUGUGUACCACGCCAAGCGCAACGUCUUCGACCUGGUCCAAACUCUUAGAGUGAUUCUCAACACGCCCGGCAAACGACAGCUGCUACCCAUGCUGCGCCUGGUCAUCCCGAGGUCCGACCAGCUGCUGUUCGACCAGUACACGUCCGAGGGACUCUACCUGAAGACAGACCUGCUCCCUAGCAACGGCAGCGCGGAGGGCUUUGGAGACGAGGGCGACUCAAGUCUACAGAAAUAUGUCAGUUCCAUCCAUGAGAAGCCCCUCACCUCGGACUGCUCCGACGGUUUCAUCGCUUCCGCUGAGAUGUCGACCCCCUUGGCCCAGCCGUUCUUCGAGGGUCCUUUUGGAGAAGUGCGAAAAGUCACCCUGACGCGUUCCAGGAGCCACGAAGGUCUGGGUUUCAGCAUCCGCGGGGGGUCGGAGCAUGGCGUGGGGAUCUACGUGUCCUUAGUGGAGCCGGGCUCUUCGGCGGAGAGGGAAGGACUGAGAGUCGGGGACCAGAUCGUGACCGUGAACGACCUGAUGUUUGACAAUGUCAGUCACAUAGAGGCGGUCAAGGUGCUGAAGGGAUGCAAGAAGCUGUCCAUGUCAGUGUGCUCUAUGGGUCGGAUCCCUGGAGGCUACAUCACCAACCACGUAUACAACUGGGUGGACCCUCAGGGCCGGAGUGUCUCCCCACCACCUGACAGCCAGGAGGCCAGCCAGAGGCAAGGGCACAGCAUGGAGGAGAGGACGGUAAACCUGAAUAUGGAUGAUGGUCGCUCUCUAGGCCUGAUGAUCAGAGGUGGAGCGGAGUAUGGACUGGGAAUCUACAUCACGGGAGUGGACCCUGGAUCUGCUGCAGAUGCUGGUGCACUAAAGGUUGGCGACCAGAUCCUGGAAGUGAACAACCAGAGCUUUGUCACCAUCUCCCACGAUGAGGCAGUUCAUAUCCUCAAAACAGGACGCCACCUGGUGAUGAAGGUGAGGGAUGUGGGUCGCCUGCCUCAUGCACGCACAGUGAUAGAUGAGACCAAAUGGAUCUGCAGUCAGGCCAUAGCUGAGACCAGCGCUACAGCUAACCCAGCACCUGUCACCAACCACAAUGUAAAUGCUGGUAUUCCUGCUAGUGUCAGUACCAGUACCUGCGGUUCAAGACCAUCUUCAGCCAGAGCUAAACCUGUAUUAGCAAAGCCAGCAGUAUACAGAGUUGUGGGCCCACCGGGUGCUCAGGUGUCUCUGGAGCAGCAGGCCUACAUGCUAUUGACAGAGCCAGAAAGGCAGACUAUGGCCUACUACCUGCAGGAGUACCAGGAGGGACACAUAGGAGUGGAGCCACUGACCAUGGCCCUGUUCGAACUCUUCAACACACAUGCAAAGCUGUCCAUGUUGUCUGAGGUGAGGAGUCUGGUGGCUCCCCAGGAUCUGGAGUUGUAUGACAGGCUAGUGGUGCAUCAUGAGAGGGAGGCACACCAAGCCUGGCAUGGAGGCCUGGGAGUGCUGCAUCCACAAGGUCACUGCAACCACACCGCUGCUGCAAUCCAUGAUGCAGGACACACCAGUGCUGCUACGACUGACAGCUCUGUUGGUGGUUGGACAGAAAAAGACCAGGAGGAGAACACUAAUGCCUUACAAAACAUUGCACUGGAUGAAAUGCAGGCUUCAGGUGAAUCUCCUCCACCAUUCAGGGCUGCUCCUCUCCACGCUCAGAGCAGGUCGUCCAGGGAGAAAGAGCUCAACCGGAAGCCUUCAGCACGCCUGGUGCAGCCCAGCUCCAACCUGCUCCUCAGUGGACCCAGCCGGCUGCUCCAGGACUGCCUCCACAAGUCGCUCAAAUCCAUCCCCUCCAUCCACCAGCCCUCACCAGCCCCAGCUCAUCACACCUGCACUGGUGCCACUUCCCUCAAUGCACUCCAUCACACCUGCCAGAGUUCCCUUCAGCUCUCUGACUCUGAACAGCACAACCACCAUUUUGCUCAUCACUUCCACCACCAUGCUCCUCACUACAGCCGGCCCAGUUCAGGACACCACACCUGUCCGGGUUUCCUGCACCAUCGGGACUCAUCCAGCUCUGCAAAGCCAGAAGCAUCUAUCAAGAUCUCUUCCAGAUCCAGCUCCUAUGAGAAGUCCUCCAUCUUGUCAAAAUCUGCAUCCUCUUCCAAAGCAGCAUCUCCCAUGCCCUCCCCUCAUCCGUCACCCUGUCCCUCUCCAUGCCCCUCCCCCUGCCCCUCUCUCAUCACACCUGCUGCUCCAUCCUGUAGUCCUGACCGGCCCUGCUCACCUGCUCUCACUCAGAAAGUCCUCAUAGCAGACAUGAACCGGCUCUCUGCAGAUUCUAGACCUCAGCAAAGAGGAGCCACCCUGUCUCAGCUGUCAGACAGUGGCCAAACUCUGAGUGAGGACAGCGGGGUGGACAUAGCCGAGGCAGGAGGCCUCAGUAAGGAUGGCAGUCCUCGACCAAGCAAGAACCAGCAGGGCCAUCCAGAACAUCCAGGAGCCCUUGCACCUCCUCCAGGGGCAAGCAGACAAAUUGGCUCACCAGUCCCAGUGUCCAGUGCUACCCUGGUACGUGUGGUGAAAAAUGCCAACACCCUUGGCAUUGCUAUCGAAGGUGGAGCCAACACACGCCAACCUCUGCCACGCAUAGUUACCAUUCAGAAAGGAGGCUCGGCUCAUAACUGCGGCCAGCUUAAGGUGGGUCAGAUCAUCCUGGAGGUCAACGGCAUUUCACUGAGAGGUCGGGAGCACAAGGAUGCUGCCCGGAUCAUCGCUGAGGCCUUCAAGACCAAAGAGAAGGAUCAUAUUGACUUCCUGGUGGUUGAGCCAGGACUCUAGUAUGAGGACUUUGCACUUUAUGCAGCUUGGUUUUAAGAAGACACUGUUGUACUGCAUUGAGGGAACUGUGCGAACUGAACCACAUGAUGCUGUAGUAUAAUCAUGACCCUCAUUUUAAUUUCAGGGAAGGGAUUAGUGGAUAAGAUGUGUUGGGUAUUUGUUGACUGCACUCUACGGAGAUUUGCACAUUUUAAAUUUAGAAGAGGUUAUUACAUUAAUAUAUGCCAUAUAUAUAAGUCAUAUCGGGGUCAUAUGCUAUUUGCAUUUUUUCAUUAGUUAAUUCUGUUUUGUUUUGUCUUUUUAGUUCUCAAACUCGCAAUACUGUUAUAUGUUUCACCAGUACAACAAUUAGUACUGAUGGUGUAGCUGUCACACUCAAGUCAAGUGUCUUGUAUUUUUCAUUCUUGAGACAAAAUGUGGGGAGGCAGAGCUGCAUGGGGGGAUGCCGGAAGCAUCAGAUUCUGAUCAAAGGUUAUUCAAACUUCUUCGGAAGACAAAAGCAAGUUGAACAGUAAAACUAUUACCAAGACUGUUGAAGUGAUAGAAGCCAAACAACCGACAUCCGGCUGCCUUCACUUCUAGCACUUCAACUACCAUGACCCAGAUGACCGAGAACCUACAUCGACAUAUUACCAAAACUGUGUUGCAAAAAUCCAUCACAGUUUACAGCAUUCAAAAUUGGAAGUUAAUCUAAGUAAGUCUAUAGAGAUGUCACCACAUUUUGAGAUGUCAGCAAUUAAGAUGGUGAGUACAUGUUAUCAUCAAAAAAAAAAAAGAUGGAUGAUGCUUAAGAUGUAACAAGCUAAAUUAUUUCUUUAAAUAAGUUGGACUUCAAUGUAGAGAGAAAACCAGCUAACUUCACUGGCAAAACCUCUGGUUGAGACGUAACACUUUCUAUGAUGACCCUAUGGCCCAUUAGGGGGGCAUCCACAGUGUACAAUAGAGCAUUCAUAAUUCUUUAUGACAUAAACACACAUAUUGCUUUCUGAUACACUAUAUCAACAGUCAUAAAACAUUGUAGAUGUGACAUAAUGAAUUAUAUGUUCAAGGGGGUAUAGUAUCACGAUAAUCACUUAUGAUGAAGUGUAAGAUUCUCUUAAAUGCAUGAAAAUGCAUUAUGCUUAGCACCAAAAAUAAAACAUUAUGAUGAAGCAUGUAUUGUUAUCGAUGCAUCCAUAUGAACUUCACUUUGCUUAACGCAUACCGUAGUAACUUAUGAUACUGCAUGAACUGUUACUGAACUGCAUACUAAGAGUCCUUACUACAGCUGAUUGUUGAAGUGUGUAUAGGUGCGUAUAGGUAGUCAUAAUGUAUCGUAAGCUCCAAGAGUAUCCGUAAGACCCUUACACUUCGAUAUAAGUCACAUCUAGAAUGUUUUAUGAAUGUUGAUAUAGUGCAUGUGAAAGUAUUGAAUGAGUCAUAAGGAAUUAUGAA